AUGCGAGCUCGACUAUAUUUGUUGGACAGUUGUUUAAUAAGCUUUAGGGAAAUCUCCGGUUAUGAACUGCUACAAAAGGAAGCUAUCGGGAAAGAAAUCGAAGCUGCAGUGGUGACUGAAAACACAUACGAUACUGAAUCUGUGGAGAAUGGGUGUCCAGGCGACCUGAGAGCUAAACAGCGCUCGUCUCGCUGGGCCAUUCAAGCUGCCAAAAGUCGUGUUUCGCAGUCGACCGUGAGGACAUCAGAUAUUUUCGACCGCAUAACAACGUUAAGGGAGGAAAUAAGAGAAGGGAAAGAAAACAUAACCCAUCGCAAGGCAUUACUCAAGCAGCGACGAUCGGAUAUGGAAUCCGCUACAUAUCAAGUAACAGAUCGACGAGCAUCAAUGUUGGCUACAGUGCAAGAUAGCAUAAAGAGAACCGAGCACUUAUGGAAUAGCUUGCAUAAUAAAACUGCACAAUCUCGAGUUUUCCUGUGUCGCGAAGUUGCGAAUCUUUAUCGCUUACGCCAGAGGACGAGACGGAAAAAUGGCGAGCUCAUUGCCGUUUACACUAUCGGAGGAGUUAGCAUUGCGGAUCUCAGAGACCUGAACAGCGCAAACCAUCUUCUCAUUACCACAUCCCUUACCUACAUCUCCCACCUCCUAGUCCUCGUUUCUCAUUACCUCUCCCUACGGUUACCUGCAGAGAUAACGCUGCCCCAUCGAAAUUACCCUCUACCCACUAUAUUUUCACCGUCAUCUUCAUAUUUAUCACAAGAAACAACAUUUCCUGGCGCAUCACCUUCUCAAUCAUCGUCUUCGAGUCCCACAGCUUCUCGGACUACGGAUAGUAGACCAUCUCCACGCCCACGGCCCCUUUAUGUCAACAAAUCUCUACCAAAACUUGCACAUGAAGACCCUGCAACCUAUGGGUUGUUCCUUGAAGGAGUUGCACUCCUGGCUUGGAACAUUUAUUGGCUUUGUCGUACUCAAGGAUUACAUGUUGGUGUUGAUUCCUGGGAGGAUGUAUAUGAUAUCGGUCGUAACCUAUGGAUGCUUCUCGUUGCCCAGCCGUCUCAUGUGCCAGCGAUAAGCAGAGUGCUAUCAAACCGGGAUAACCAGGCAAAACUUCACAGUUCGAAUAAGGAUGAUUCCAAACCAACCCAUCCCACGAAACAGAUCCUCGCCAAUGUUUGCGCAGAAGGGACGGAGUUUAUGAGGAAGUGGAAACAGCCUUCAACAGCUAAGGUCGUUGACAAGCUGAAAUCCGUUCUCCUGGGAGAAAUGACGAGCGCAGAGUGGGAGUUACUCGACAAAACAGAAUGGGAGGACGAAUAUUCCCAAAGGCAUAUUUUCCCCGAAGGAGAAGAGGAGCCCGCUCCGACGGCUACAAAAUCCCCUUCAGGUGUGAUGGAUGGCGUUCUCAGUGACGCCGCAAGUUCUCUCGCAGCUAAACCGCUAGGCGAUGAUAACCAUGGCAAUGAGGACACGACAAAUAACCACCGACUAAAAGGGACACGUGGAUGGACCAAGUUAAAGAAUAGAUGA